UCCGACCCGCCUCACACCGUGCAGCCCGGCGCCUUAGCAAGCGCGGGCCCGGCGCCGGGCCCGGGCAGACGGCGGGGGGCGUCUCCGCCGAGACUCUUUCUGUGGCCCCAGAGCGGCGAGGACGAAAGCGAAGCUGAGUGGGGCCGAAAUCAUGAACCGGAGUUUUCACAAGUCUCAGACCCUACGCUUCUAUGACUGUAGCGCAGUGGAAGUCAAGAGCAAGUUUGGGGCCGAAUUCCGAAGGUUCUCCUUGGACCGUCAUAAGCCUGGGAAGUUUGAAGAUUUCUACCAGCUGGUCGUGCACACACACCACAUUGCCAACACUGAAGUGACCAUUGGUUAUGCUGAUGUACAUGGGGACCUGCUGCCUAUCAACAAUGACGACAACUUCUGCAAGGCGGUCUCAAGUGCAAACCCCUUGCUUAGAGUCUUCAUCCAGAAGCGAGAAGAGGCAGACCAUUACAGCUUUGGAGCAGGCACUCUGUCAAGAAAGAAAAAGGUGCUGGUGACCCUGAGGGAUGAGGGUCUGCGCCGGCGUACCCACCUCAACAUCGGCAUGCCGCAUGACUUCCGCCCAGUGUCAUCCAUCAUUGACGUGGACAUCCUCCCUGAGACACACCGCCGAGUGAGGCUCUACAGACAUGGCUGUGAGAAGCCACUGGGCUUCUACAUUCGAGAUGGCACCAGUGUGCGUGUGACCCCCCAUGGGCUAGAAAAAGUGCCGGGCAUCUUCAUUUCCCGCAUGGUGCCGGGCGGCCUUGCAGAGAGCACAGGGCUCCUGGCUGUGAAUGACGAGGUCCUGGAGGUGAAUGGGAUUGAGGUAGCUGGAAAGACACUGGAUCAAGUCACAGACAUGAUGAUCGCCAACAGCCACAACCUCAUUGUCACCGUCAAGCCUGCCAACCAGAGGAACAAUGUGGUCCGCAGCAGCCGCACAUCCGGCAGCUCUGUCCACUCUACAGACAGCACCACCAGUCACCACAGCCUGUCGGCUCAUGUCCUGCCGAAUUUCCACCUUGAAGAAAUGGAGAGUGAUGAGGAAGCUGACAUCGUCAUUGAGGGGGCUCUAGAACCUCAACACAUUCCCAAGACGCAAGCUGUUCUUCCAGGCAGCCUCUCACGGGCCAAUGGCAGCAGCCUUGCCCACAGGCUGCACAGGGACCUGGUCCUGCACAAUUCUGGACGAGAGAGCAAUGGCAGUAUCCACAGAUUUCUCAGCUCCCUGAAACCAGACCCCCGACACAGCCUGGUCCUCCCCCAAGGAGGGGUGGAAGAGCAUGGGCCAGCCAUCACACUCUAGGGCUCGCGCCCCUCAGGCAGGCUGAGACUGCAGACUGUGCGGCAGCGAAUACUGAACAGCGCUGUAGAUGCAUAGUGACUCCAAAGGGAAAUACUUUAAACUUUUAUGUCAAUUUUAAAAUAAGAAAAACAAUCAUGUACUUCAUCUUUUUCUUUCUUUUCAUCAUCAUUCCUACAACCUGAUUCUUUAUUUAAUCUUUUUGAACAAGAAUACUAUUUUUAUAGGACUUUUCACAGAACUUAAAAUUAUACACAACUGCAGACACUCUGGGUCAGGCCUCAGUGCAUAUCCAGAGCCUUUGCAAAGUGAAACAAAACACUGAAGUACAGAGAGUAUUUUUCAAAAAAAUUUAAAGACCUGUUUUUAAAAUGAAGCUUUAUAGAUAACUUUUUUAAAGUAGUAAAAUUUGCAUUUUUUGACUAAUUCAUGUAAAAGUAUCUUGUGUGCUGCCUGAGCGCUCUACUGACCCAGUAUGGCUGUGACAGGACAGUGGGCUCUAAGGAUGGGUUCCAUCACAGAAUCUGUUCCCACAUUGUUUACAACCAGCUCAGAAAGCCCACUGGCCUAUAUGCAAGAACUCCUGGGCUGCA